GCCGUGGUUGGUGGCGGGCGGAGGGGCGGGGGCCGCGCACCCGGAAGAGCGGUCCGCGGAGCUAAGGCGACUGCUGGCGUCUGGGGGUCGACAUGGACAAGCUGAAGAAGGUGCUGAGCGGCCAGGACACCGAGGACCGCAGCGGUUUGUCCGAGGUUGUGGAGGCCUCAUCGCUAAGCUGGGGCACCAGAAUAAAAGGCUUCAUCGCAUGUUUUGCCAUAGGAAUCCUCUGCUCACUGCUGGGUACUUUUCUGCUGUGGGUGCCCAAGAAAGGACUGAGCCUCUUUGCGGUGUUUUACACCCUGGGUAACAUGGCAUCAAUUGGGAGUACCAUCUUCCUCAUGGGGCCAUUGAAGCAGCUGAAGCGCAUGUUUGAGCCUACGCGUCUGAUUGCCACAAUCCUGGUGCUGUUGUGUUUUGCACUUACCCUGUGUUCUGCCUUUUGGUGGCAUAAAAAGGCUCUAGCGCUCAUCUUCUGCAUUUUGCAGUCUUUGGCCUUAACAUGGUAUAGCCUUUCCUUCAUACCAUAUGCAAGGGAUGCUGUAAAGAAGUGCUUUGCUGUGUGUCUUACAUAAUGCAAGGCUGUCUACAGAGAGCGCUGCGGACGGAAGCUGGUGGACAGUCUUGUAAAUACCCUCUGGACUCUGUCUCACAGACACGUGCCUUUCACUUGCAGCGUCGUGUUGUUUGCAAUUUGGACAUUUUUGAGGGUUGCCCAUGGGAGCAGUCAUGAACCCUAAACCCCAGUGAGUGCCUGUAGCACGGUGUGAGGUUCUGUGGCUAGUGUAGGGGACUCUUCCUUAUGACCGUUUUCCUCUCUGAAUGGCAUCUCUGGAUGGAGUUCUCGCAGAUCAGACUUUAUUUAAUAGCGGCAGAUAAGCUUCAGGAACCACUGAUUCCCAGGCGGCAGCAGGAAGGCCUAGCAGAGAUUUUAGGGGUUCAGCAGGAAGGGCAGAAUUUUGAAGAUUUGCCCCUCACCAAGGAAACCAUUGUCACUGCCUCACACAGUACCGUCCCUGGUGUUUCUGCCCUUCCUCCAACUCUGGAGAGCCUGCCCUGGGCACACUUUCCUUCCUGUGGACUGCACUGUCUUGUUCAAUCACAACUGGCUAUGGGAUGUCUUCUCUAGUGUUGAGUGUGGAUUCUUUCUCCCGCCCUCCCCCCCCAUGUCUCUUGUCUUGUGAUCUUGGGACACUGAAGUAGUGACCUAAAGAACUAUUUGCUUUUGGACAAGAGCCACCAGAAAGUGAAAAACCUUCAUGUUCCCUGCUCUGUUUAUUUUUCUUCAUUAUUUAUAAAUGUUUACUUUUAUUGGUUUUAUUUUCCGUUCUUCGCUGGAGUCGGGCCAAGGAAAGUGCAUGGGAAGACAGAUCCCUUGUGGGCCCAGCAGGAAGUAGGCAUGCCUGCCAAGCGACGUUCAGUGCUCCGGCAUUGACACUAAGCCUGAGCUGGACACUGGAAAGACACCAGCCCGCAGGUGGUCAUGUCUCAGCCUGAUGCCUAACCACACACACAGUGUUCUUGUGUUGAUGAUCUUAUCUGGUCCUCAUGGGAGCCAUGUGAGGAAGCAGGAUUGUUGUCUCACUGUACAGUCAAAGGACCACAUCUCAGAUGGGUUUCCAUGUCACCUGGAGCCAUAGCAGCGACAGGGUCAAGCCAGAGUCCCAGUCUCCUUCAUGAUGGCACUGCUCUGGUCAUCUCUCAUAACCCUUCCUUGUUUUCAUCAUCCUAGCCUGCACCUUUUCCGGUUUCAGCAUCUAUGUCACCCGUGCCAUGCUCUGUCUGCUCCCCCAUCUCACUUUUGCAAGCUUCCCCCCUGCAUCUAUAGGAUGGCCACUGUCCCGUGUUACUUGCAGCUGCUCUGUGCUUCCCAGGCAUCGUCAGAGUUCCUGGUAAUCUAGGUUUACCCUUUGCUCUUUGUGCAAGGCCAGAUCUACUCUGACCUCUGCUCUGCCACCUCCAGACCACAGGCAGCGAGCACUGGUCUCUUUGGUCAUGUGGCCAGUUGCUGAACUGUGUCUAGUAACUCUGUCUUUUCCUCUGAGAUGGAGAAGAAUGGAUAGUAGACUUAUUAGGGCAGAAGGCAGCCCAGUCAUUCCAGAUUCUUCCCAUGCUGUUGAAGAUACCUGUGAGGUCUUCAGCCUUUCUUUAGUCAGGAAAAAAAGUUAUAUCCUACCCUCUGGCUUUUUGAGGCACAUUCAUAUCCUAGGAACCUUGGGAAUCAGUUCAGGUCUCAGAAGGGCUUAGGUGUCACAAGGGACAUGGGGAGGUUAGAGGUGCCCGUGGUGCCUAGCUGACAUGAGACUAGGCUAGUUGCUUCAAGCUCCAACCAUCCUGGAGUCAUGUACCGGAAAGGCUGACCCCUUCACGCCCUUUUAAGUGACUGGACUUGAGUCCAGGUACCUUUUAAAGAUGUUAGAAGGGCUGAAUAGCUUACUGUGUGAAUGUGGGCAGCUCUGGGUGUGAGCUGUGGUCCGGUCACAUGCUGGUUGAGUCCUUGAAGUUACCUAAUGUGGUUCCUCAAUUUCCCUGUUUCAAAAUAGUGGGCUGACAAGUCGGGCUGGAUUGUUGGAGAGUGCCAGGGACAGAUGACUAUCAAGUGCUUGGUAGGGAGCCAAGCAGAGGGUCUGUGCAAUAACUGAUGACCCCUAAAGCUGAUGGGAUGAAGGCUUGGGCAGCAGUCUGUUUAGCAUACUUAAUACUGUGUAAUCGCUGUAGACUCUACCAUACAUUAUCUCAUUGACAGGUUGUAGGGACUGCCAGGCGAGAGAUACUGCCUCCGUCAUCAUAAAGCAGUAGCUGCCUCAGUUGCUCCCACCAGCAGGGCACCAGUGAGAAGGCUCUCGGUGGGAGAUUGCGUCUUAGAUAAAAGACUUUUGGGCCUAAUUCGACAGCUAGUGGUCAGUUUGCCGCAGCAGCUUGACUCUGGACACAUUUAAGCAGCUUUUGGAUGAUCAUCCUCCAGUGUCUUCCCGACUCCCAGACUUCUUUAGUUACCUUAUCCUUUAGUUGUUUCCCUUCCUGCCUUUACUGGACUGUGGAAGGAAGAAAUCCAUUUCAAAUCUGCUUAAGUCUUGUACCAAGCCAAUAGCAUUGAUUAGAAGCAACUUAGCAAGGGAGGCUGAAGUGGAGAAUGAGGGCCUCUGGCGCUGACUGGUGGUAGUGUCUGUUUCUUCUCCCCUCCUUCACACUCCUCAGUCCAUUGCCUGGUGAGAGGGCACCCCUGUGUUUGGGGAGUGAUGAGAACUGCUGAGUGACCUUUGUAGAGAGGAAUGUGAUGCUCAGUCAGGCUGGCUUUCCAGGUUUGAGACGCCUCUGGCCCGAGUGCUGUCUCCCCUGGGCUGUGGUCAGUGGAGUGCUGCACUCAGAACCAUUGUGCUUUCUGGACCAGGAGAGUAGCUUACCGUGACCCCUCUGCUCCAGGCUGACUACGGGGACACGUAAAGGUGGAUUCCUGCUCACUGAAUUGUCUCUCUCACAGGCUGACAGGCUUCCCUUUUCACAGACCAAGCCCUGAGGAAGCUGUUGUCUCUCCUGCUCCUCUAUCUGGCUGCUGCUCAGACCCCAACUCCACGCAUCCUGUCUUGGAGAAGGGGAAAUCCCAUUUCCCACUUAGCAUUUUCACCACGGAGAUUGUCUCAGUGCUGGGUGUCUGUGUUACUCUCAUGGUGACUUUGUGUCUUAAGUGCCACCUUCCUUCCACACAGUCACUGUAGGCCAAGAGAGUAAGAGAUGAAAUCAAGAAAUGCAUUCCAUAUAAAAAUUACUUUUUAAUGUCCUAGCGAAGUAGAAAAUUAGCAGCUGGGCAGUGUCUGAAACGUGGAGGCUGCGCUGGUUUGGGUCUCGUUUUUGCUAUCCCCAUAGGUGACAAGUGUUGCAGUGUACGGGAUGAGACUUGGUGGAAUGAAUUGGGCAACUGAGGUGCACCCUAGGCUGUGGAGUUCCUCUCUUGUGGGCACCUUACGCCCACCCCUCUGUUUACUCUUCCUCCAGUAACUUCUCGUUAGAGUCACUUACACACACUUCAUAUUCACAACCACGCCUAAAACUUAUUUCCCGCUAAUUAAAGAAAAAAAAGGAAGGUCAGAUGUUU